UCAGCCUGACCGUCCCCGACGCCCAGAGUGGCGAGCGAUGGAUCGGGACUGGGGAUCUAAGCCGGGUAGCGGUGGCGCCGCCUCCGCCCAGAAUGAGGCGAUCGACCGCCGGGAGCGCCUCCGGCGUCUUGCCCUCGAGACCAUCGACCUCGCCAAGGAUCCCUACUUCAUGCGCAACCAUCUCGGAAGCUAUGAGUGCAAGCUGUGCCUGACGCUCCACAACAAUGAAGGGAAUUACUUGGCACACACCCAGGGGAAGCGCCACCAGACCAACCUCGCUAAGAGGGCCGCCCGCGAGGCCAAGGACGCGCCCGCCCAGCCUCAGCCCCACAAACGCAAGAUCGCCCUCCGCAAAUCCGUUAAGAUUGGAAGGCCCGGAUACAGGGUAACAAAGCAAUUUGAUCCAGAGACAAAGCAGCGAUCUCUACUGUUUCAGAUAGAAUAUCCUGAAAUUGAAGAUAACACUAAGCCAAGGCACAGGUUUAUGUCAUCCUUUGAGCAGAGGAUCGAAGCAUGUGAUAAGCGAUUCCAGUAUCUUUUAUUUGGAGCUGACCCAUAUGAAAUCAUUGCCUUCAAGGUUCCCAGUACAGAAAUCGAUAAAUCAACACCAAAGUUCUUUUCACACUGGGAUCCAGAUUUAAAAAUGUUCACGCUGCAACUAUAUUUCAAGAUCAAACCACCAGAAGCUAAUAAACCACUGGCUGCACCGGCUCCUGCCUCCAAUGGUUCUGCUACAGCUCCUGGUGUUCCUCCAAGGCCAUUGCCACCUCCACCUCAAGCACCACCACCACCACCACCUCAAGCACCUCCACCUUCUGCUCCACCUCCGGUCAUGAAUCCUCCUAGGCCUCCACCACCUGCACCAACUAUGGUGGGCUCACAACCUCCCCCUCCGCCACCAGUGGCAAAUGGUCCUCCCCGGCCAGUACCACCACCACCUAUGGGUGGCAGUGCGAUGGCAAACUUCACACCAGGUGUUCAAGCUCCUCGACCACCAAUGCAAGGUUUCGCUGGACAGCCAAUGCAAGGCCAAGUUUCGCACCCUCCACUACCACCUCCUAACAUGGGCCACUGAUCUCUCUUCUUGGUUAUCAGUGUAAUUGUAUGAAUUCUACCGCAGUCUUCUCGGAAGCCUGUAAUGGGUUUAUCUGGACAGAUGCUCAGUGGACCGGUGACUGUCAUAAUACUUGCUAGUAGUAGCAUAAGUAGUGUUGUUUUCAUUGUGUUUUACAAACCAAGAAUUUCAGAACGGACCAGAGAUGAUUCUAUAGGCUGUGGUAGGUGAACUUGCUGAUUCCUCCGAACCACCUCGAAGUAUGUAAGAUUGGGGUAAGAAUUUGAUGUUCGACUCAA